AGACAUGGAAGAGUCUGCGCACUGAGUCAUCAAGAUUUGACAACUUACCAAGGAUAAAUUAACUCGAUUCCAGCUUCUGCUGCAGUAAUUCAGUGCAAAAGUGUAGAAGAUAAAAAAAUGGUUUGACACAAUUGUACACUAUACAUGCUAUAGGAAAGACACUUAAUAAGUACAGUAACAAGAAAGUAGGUCAACACCCUUGUCUGGUUACAGAAAGUUGCAGCAUUUUGAUUAAGAUCUCAGCGAGAAGUAUUUCACUCUACAUGUAGUUAAAUCCAGGGGAUAUAGAAAUGUAGCUAGCUAAAUAAAAUUUUGCAGAUGAGUUUACCGAGACCAUCAGGGCUGAAAGCCCCUUCAAAGAUUGGCAAGCCUACAGGUCUGCCACUGCCCAAGUCGUCUAUUCCAGCUCCAGACAAAGCCAAAAGUGCCAUUGCUAAAAGUGCUCGUGCUGCAGGUUUUAGUGCUACUCAAGCUGAUAAGUACGCCACCACUGUUGUCAAUAAACUUGCAGGCCCUGAAUAUGAGGUACCACCCCCUCCGUCAGAUGAUUUUAAAAUAGGUGACAGAGUAUGGGUAGGAGGGAGCAAGCCAGGUGUGAUUGCCUUUCUAGGGGAAACACAGUUUGCCGCAGGAGAAUGGGCAGGAGUAGCCCUUGACAAACAAGAAGGCAAAAAUGAUGGAUCAGUUAAAGGCAUCAGAUACUUUCAGUGUGAAUCAGAUAGGGGUGUGUUCGCUAGAAUUUCUAAAUUAUCUAGAACCCCAGGACUUCUACCGAUGACAUCGAAAAUGGACGAUACAUUGUCAGAAACUCCUUUGAAACCAAAUGGACCGGCAAGAAGACCAACAACCCCAAGCGUUACACCUUCCAGAGGAGUGUUUGGUUCUAAUACUAGUUUAAGCAGAGCAUCACCUGCCCCGGGAACCAGACCUGGAAGUAGACCUGCUUUAAAGGUUGGAGAUCGUGUGUUUGUUAGUGGGAGUAAGAUGGGUACGCUGCAGUACAUUGGAGAAACAGACUUUGCUAAAGGAGAAUGGGCUGGAGUUGAACUUGACGAAAAACAGGGUAAAAAUGAUGGUGCAGUUGCUGGUAAAAGAUAUUUUGAAUGUAAGCCAAUGUAUGGUUUAUUUGCACCAAUCCAUAAAGUCACUCGUCUAACAUCAGGAACAGCUGGUCCGGGAAAACCAGCUACGACUCCUACAUCACAGUCCCGGUCUUUGAUGAACACAAGUCUUCGUCUUUCCAAAGAGAGGAGUGGUAGUCAGGAAUCAGUCAGUUCCAUUAGCUCGUCAGCGUCCAGCGUGUCCCGUAGCCGGGUAAGGCUUGGAGUCACCUCACUCGGCAAUCAGCUUCCUCUUCAUCAUCAACGAAAAAGAGAACUUACGAGUACACCAAUUGCGGCCAAACCAGGUCAUCGGCCGAGCACUCUCAAUUUAACAGCAACAACAACUGCUUUGCAGAAAGCAUUAAAGGAGAAAGAAGAACAUAUAGAACAGCUGCUGAAGGAGAGAGAUUUAGAGAGGUCAGAGGUCGCUAGGGCUGCAGCACAAUGUGAUGAGGCUGAAGGUCAGAUGUCAAUGAUGAGGAGUGAACAAGAGCGAUACAAACAGGAUGUUGACGAUACGGUUCUCAAACUUAGGUCCCUUGUAGCUGAUAUGCAGCAAGAAAAAGUAGAACUUGUUAACCAAUUAGAUACAGAAAAAAGAAAAGUAGAAGAUUUACAGUUCCAGAUAGAAGAGGAAGCCAUGACCAAGGAUGAUAUGGAGUCGAGAACAGAAGAAGAAGAAAUGAAAUUCAGAGAGAUAGAAAGAUUACAACAGAGAGAAAAAGAACGAGCUGAUAAACUAGAACAAGAAUUAUAUGCCAUGAAGGCAAUGGCUAAAGACAAUACAGAGAAGCUGGAAUCAACAGAAGAAUUGAACAUAACCUAUCUUGAUCAGAUAGAGGAAAUCACUCAUAAACUGUCACAGGCAGAAACUAAAAUUAAAGGUUAUGAGUCAAAUCGGCUUGAGGAAGGUGCUAAGACGAGCCAAGUUAGUCUAGAAUUGGAAGAGAAAGAACAUAAGAUAUCAGAACUAGAAGAAAUUCUUACAACGAAGAACAAAGAAGUAAAACAGUUAUCUAAUAAUCUGCAAGAAGUGGAAGAAGAUUUAUUUGCGUCCAGGGAGAAGAACAACCAUAUGAAGAAUCAAGUAGAUAAACUUACUUCUCAAAUGGACAAUCAAAGUAAAGCUUCUGAAACCUUCAAUUUAGAACUACAGCAACUAAAAUCUCAAAUAUCAGAUCUGCAGAGGAAGCUGGCCUCCAGUGAAGAUAAGGCCAAGAGACUUAAUGAUGAGAAAAUACAGCUGGAACAGCAAAUGAGUGAUAUGAUGAGAAAUUCUGGUGAUAGUUCCAAACGUCUGUCAAUUUUAACUGAGCAGCUACAGGACAGAAAUAGAAAAAUCCAGGAUCUACAAGCCGACUUGUCAAGUUCUACUCAGCAGUCAGCAAAACUUAGAGAAGAGAAAGAUAGAUUGAGGAAGGAAGGAGAGAAGGAGAGAGAAAAUUUAAUUGUAAAACAUAAUGAUGUUGUAAAUACUAUUAAACUUACUUUACAAGAUGUGCAAAAAGAAUUAUCUAAAUCCAAUAAUAAAAUGACUGCCAUGAAAGAAGACUUUGAAAAAGACAAAGAAGAUGCUAUUAAUCGUAAAAUUACUGAAAUUAACAAUUUAAAGAAAAAUUUGGAACAAAGUAAAGCUGAUUUAGAAAAACAAGAGGUUCAAACACAAGCUCAUAAACAGGUUCUAGACAAAAUCAAUAUGGAAAUGGAAGCACUUAAAUUUGAAAAAGAAAAAGCAGACAAAAUGGUGAAACGGUUGGAAAGUGAAAAAGACAGUAUAAACACAGACUUGAUACAUAUCAGAGUAACUAAUAGUAAGGUUCAAUUGGAGUACGAAAAAAUGGUGGACGAGAAAAAUAAACUUCAACAACAAAUAGAGGAUCUGAAGGAAGACAAGGACAAGGUGUCAGAAACUAAAUCUUCUAUUCAACAAGAAAAAGAAGAACUGGUAACCGAGAAGACUAAACUUGUGGAAGAAAAUGAUAAAGUUAACAGGGAACUAGUGGAAAGUAAAGCUUCACUACAACAGAAAGAUAUACAGAUAGAAGAAUUACAGAAAGAGGUUGAGAAAAUGAAGACAGAAGUGAAUGAAAAAGAAGAAGCCAUGUCACAGAAAUCACAAAGUCAGUCACAUGAUCUACAAACACAGAUUGAGAAAGCACAGGCCAGGGUCAAAGAAUUAGAUGGCAUGUUACAAUCUGAAAUUAGCCACGGAGAAAAGAGAGUGAAGGAAUUGGAAAAGAAACUUCUAAUGCAGACCUCCGAGACAGAUCAACGAUACAACCAGUUAGAGGCUUUAUUUAAAGAGGUGGAGGAUGAGAGAGAUACCAUGAAGGCACAGUUAGAAUUCUCUAAUCUGGUAGCUGAAGAAAGGAGGAGGUUAGAAGAACAGAACAUGCAGUUGAACCAAGAGAUGGAGAAAACAGAAGAUAGUCACAGAAAGGAAAUUGAAAGUCUGGAAAAGACGAAGAUUUCUCUUCAGAAGGAGGUUGCCAACUUAAAGAAUGAUAAUGCCUCACUAGAAAAGUUCAGACAUUCAACAGAGAACCAGGAACAAGAAAAUAAAGACUUGAUUAGUCAGAUAAACUCACUGAAAUCUCAGCUUCAGGCUCAAGAAGUCAACAGCAAUACUAUAGGACUGUCAGCCAAUGAAGUUGAAGAUAAACAGACAAUAGACGGUCAGGUUGAAUUCCUUAACUCUGUGAUAGUUGAUCUACAAAAGAAAAAUGGAGAUCUAAAAACCAGAUUAGAAGCCAUGGAAUCAGGUGUUAUAACAAAUGGGGAGGCCAAUAGUUCCAUGGAAGAAGUAAGUGAAAGUAAGAAGCCCCCUCCACGAUUAUUCUGUGAUAUAUGUGACGUGUUUGAUAAACAUGAUACUGAAGAUUGUCCUUGUCAGGCCAUGGAUUACGACGACGAUACUCCAUCACCUUCACAUCACCAUGGUGACCGUAAACAACUACGACCUUACUGUGAUAUAUGUGAAGCAUUUGGUCAUUGGACAGAUGAAUGUGAUGAUGAACAGACUUUCUAACCAAUCACCUAUAGUCUUUCAUGAAAGAAGAUUUACUCCACCAAUGGAAUGCUGCAUUUCAUAUAGAGCAUGGAUUUCCUUCCAUAUUUGUUUUGGUUUUAAACACAUGUUAACAGUUUACGCAAACAUGUUGCUUGUUUUGUUUUUUUGUUAUUUAUCAUAUGUUAAUAAACUUUUCAUAUAAGUUAUUUCCAUAAAAAGUUAAUUUUUAAUUAGGAAGGAAAAUUUAUGUUAGUAUGAAUAUAAACAAAGAUUCCGAGGUAACGCUGAAGUUUGUGUUUAAUCGAGCUUUUUGCAGACUAUAGUUGCUUCUAAAACAGUGCCAAUUUUGACGUGUGAAUUUGUUUACAUAUGAGUCUGUGUUUGAACCACUUUGACAUGUUGUGAAAAUGGAUUGAAAUGAAUUUCUUGUGGACCUCUUGGAGAUCAAAGUGAGUUUUGAACUUUAAUAAGUCAUGCUUUCAUUUGAACCUCAAGAUGCAAUGUGAACUGGCUUAGCAAAAUGAACUUUUAGAAGCAGAAUUUAAAGAUCUGUUGUGUGAACCAGCUACUUACAGUUCUGAAAUUUAUGUGAAACAUAGGUCUUUCGUCAUCAGCAAAUGUAACAUUUGAAGAACCUAAUGGCAUGAACUUUGGCUUGAACCUGCUGAAAUUCAUCAAAAAUGAGAUACAAUUUCAUAACUGGAACAGAGUUAAUGCUUUUUGCAGUACCCAGCUUUGAAGAGCCUCCUCAUGGGUUUUUGAUUAUGUGAUUACUUGGCCGUUUUCAUAGUGAUUAUUUGAUUACCAGACCAAAUAUUUCAUGAUUAUUUGAUUAUUUGAUUAAUUAGGACUGUAUUUUUGAUUAUCUUGUUUAAAAAAAUAAUUAAUGAUUAUGUGAUUAUAUUGGCAAAAAAUUUGUGAUUAUGUGAUUACUUGGACACCCCCAUGAGGGGCCUCUUUGAACCAUUGAGCUCUCAACUGAAGUUGUUUUUUAUUUGUCUAACAUGCAUAUGGCCAAGUCUGAUUUUGGGUUGUGAUUUGUGUUAUAUAUGUACUCGGUAUAUAUUUUAAAAAGUUGUGAUGUUUAUGUUUUAGCUGAGCAAAAAUAUUGUAUUUCUGCUCAGGAAAAACAGCUAUAGGAGUAAAAUAUUUAAAGUUGCAUUUAUGUAAAACAGGGUUUUCAUUAGAUAAAGUGAAACUAGAAAGAAAUUCACCUUGUGCUUUUUUUAUGGAAAUUUGUAGCGUAUAACAUGAAAAUGAAAUCUUUCUUUUAUUCAAAGAAAAUAUCUGAUCGGUUAUUGUAUAUCCGGUUAAUUUUGGGUCAGAUUUUUUUGUUGUUUGGGCCUGAAAUUGGGCGUUUAAAUCUUCAGUGUGUUCGUAAUUCAUGUUUCAUUGUAUUGUACAAUACAUUUAGACAAAAAGUGAAAAUGUUCGUGUAGGGUACAUUUCGUCGUAAAAUGUUUACCUUGAAUCUAAGACACGCAUAUGGUAUAUUGAUGCUUCCAGAUUGCAUUAUUCUCCCAAGUCUACGUUUCAACAAUUUAUUUUGGAAUUAUCUUCUCUUUUGACAAAACAAGGUAAUUUUCAAUCUGAUUUAAUGUGUCAUGAAUUUAAUGUCACAAUAGGACACAUUUUUAUAACAAUAUGCACAAGGUUAAUUUCUAACUUGAAUCCUUUACUAAGAAAUUGACAGGGUUUUGUUUAAACCUAUGAGGUAUUUGUGCAUUAUUGAUAUUCAUUGAAACUUCACUAACAAUUUUGCUAUUAUUUCGAGAUUAAAUUUCCUUUUCUAAGGAGAAGGUAUGAAAAGGCCUAAAGUGUAAUAACAACCUUCAUACAUGAGUCUGUCAUUUAUCAGUACAUAUUUAUAUUUUUAAAAUUUCCUUUAAAUACUUUCUAUACGCCAUCAAACUUAAUUCAUUUAAGGAAAACAAUGCAAAAACUUCCAACAAAGCCUCAUUUUCAGAUCAUACAAAAUGUCUUAUGCAAAGAUCAAGAUGUUGAUGGAAAUAAGAUGUCUUUUUGGAUAAGGCUAUUUACAAUUUUUGUUUUAACUAUGGGUAAUAAAAAUAACCAUUGAAAUAGGGAUUUUUGGACCAACUGUCCAGAAAAUAUCAUCCAAUUCGUACAUGUAUAAAGAUGAAAUAAUUAUGAUUUUGAAAGGAUUCUAGUUUUUACCAUUUGUGCCAUUUCAGUUGGCACAUCAUUACCCUUAUCAUACCUCCUGCUUUGAGCUUAAGAUUAAGAAGAUAAUCAUAUUUUUCUAGCAGCAGUUUCGCAAGCUUUUAUAACAAAACUUAAAUGCAAUAUUUUGAAGUUGUUAGAAAAGUGCUUUUCUAAGCCAUCUUGUACAGGUUGUCUUCAUUAUCUAGUGAAUCAGUGGAAAUAUAAAUUUUACCUGUUUUUUUUUUUGUAGAAUCUUGUGUAUUUUUUUUCAUACAGUGAAGUUGAAUAUCACAUGGCACACAUAUCUAAUUUGAAGUUUACAAAUCCUGUUUAAUUCUAUCAUCAACAAAUAUUAUAUAAGUAAAUAUUUCUAGUUCCAAGAUUUUACAAAAUAUGCUAAUCAUCUGCUGAUUUUCAUUUAUAAUACCAGUUCAUAAUCUUCAUCUAUUUUCACCUGAAGUACAACUACCAUCAGCAAGAACUGUACGACGUCACUUGAUACAACUAGCUUUUGACAUUGCAUCAACCACCAAGAUUUGAAAACUGCCAAUUGUAACACUCCAUGUUGGAAACAUGUUGUGAAAACAAGCAAAAUAAUUAUUAUUAUUUGUUUUAUAUGGACUCACAUUGACUUCAAAGUCUACUAGUUUGAAGUAUUGUCAAGGUCAAAAAUUAAAUAAAUAUCUGUUUAGGGUUUUAUUAGUUCUAAGAAUAGACUAGAUGGGUAGAAAUAUACUAAAAAUUCAAUAAUUAUUUUAGAUAUUAGUAGACAGUUUUAUGUUUAAUAGGGAUUGGCCAAAACUUUCAGUGAAAUUGUUUAUGGUAGUCUCUGGUAUUAGUGUAGGUCUUGGAAUUCAUUUUUAAAGUGAAGUAAUUAGGUAUAUAAGUAUUUAGAACUAGUUUAUUCAAGAAACCUUAAACAGAUUGCAAUUUUAUCUUGGUCUGAAAUAAAAACAAAAGUUUAAGAUAUCAUAUUUUCGGUAGAAAUUAGGAUUUGGUUAUGGAAAACAAUAAAUAUUUACUUUUAUUUACUUUGGUACAUGUACAAUAAUUGUAUCUCUAUAGACAAAUAUUUAUGUCUUAUAUAAAAGAUAACCCAUAUAAAACUUGUUUAUUUUCCUUCACAAGUCUCUAUAAAGACAAGGUUACCAAGAAGUUUUAUUUACUACAUUUUCAAUUUAUCAUCAGUCCAUGAGCAUUUUAUGACAUAAACAUUAGAAAGAAGAGAUUUUGCACAUCUUGUAAAAUGUAGAUAUAUUUAAAACCUGUGUAUUAUAAACUUAUGUACAUAUAUAUAAAUAUUGUAUAUAAUAAUUUAACAAACUUGUCAAAGGUGAUUAUAAAAUUUAUCACAUGUUUUUGUUUGAAGUGAGAGUCCAAUUUUCGAUGCAAGUUGCAGGAAUUUUGGAAUAACAUAUUUUUAUGUGUUUAAAUUACCUGUUGAAACCAUACACAGCUCUCUAGUCUAGAACUAACAGAAUUUUUUUCUAGAUUGCUGUAAACGGAAAAAGAAAUAAAUGGAAGGAUUGCCAUCAGUAAAGCUACUACUAUAUAUCACUUUUAAUAACUGCUUAUAAAAUACAAAAACAGGUGGUAAAUUUGUUAACCACUAUGUAUAAACACAUCAUUAUGUAAAUUAUCCCAGUGCUCAACUUAUUUACUUAUGUAUAAACCAUUCCAUGCUCUGUAGAUUCAUUAUAUUUCAUUGGUAACAAUAUUCAGUGAGAGACCAUUUCAUUGAUUACAAUAUUGAGGAAGAGACCAUUUCAUUGGUAACAAUAUUGAGGGAGAGACUAUUUCAUUGGUUACAAUAUUGAGGAAGAGACCAUUUCAUUGGUUACAAUAUUGAGGGAGAGACCAUUUCAUUGGUUACAAUAUUGAGGGAGAGACCAGUUGUUUAAUUACAAAAUUGAGGAAGAGACCAUUUCAUUGGUUACAAUAUUGAGGGAGAGACCAUUUCAUUGGCUACAAUAUUGAAGGAGAGACCAUUUCAUUGGUUAUGAUAUUGAGGGAGAGACCAUUUCGUUGGUUAUAACAUUGAGAGAGACACCAUUGCAUUGGUUACAUAUUUGAGGGAGAGACCAACAGUAGUCAGAUAUCCUAAAGCCAGCAGUUGAUCCAGAAAAUUCCAGGUUUUGAACCACCAUUGUUUUGAAAGUUUCUUUGAACAAAAAUCUCCCAUAAAAAUCAUUAAGCAAAAAAUCAUUCACAAAAUUGAUCAGGAUUACUUUUAUUGAGGUCAAGCCUAAAUAAUUGCUUUUAAAAUUAGUUGAUUCUGAUGUCAUCCUGUCUUCUUAAUAAAAAAAUAUUGUUUGUCUUAAAUAUUUGUUACCAUGAUCUAUAAUGAAUUAACAGGCUAUGUUUUUAUUGUAUAUUUAUGCUAAUGGUUACAACAUAUGGUCAUUAUUGAAAUAUUAAAUCAUAAAUACAUGUCACAUUAGUUGAUUAUAAAUCAAAGGAAAACAAAGAGAUUUUUUGAUCCUCAUUGUAUGAAAAGUUAAUCAGUACCUUGAAAGUAUCCAUCUUCAAAAAGGUUGCCACUAUAUAUGUAGACAUUGUCUUUUUGAUGUGUACCUCCUUUUAUUUAUAAAUAUGGUGCUUUUGUUAAAUUAUAUUGAAAAACCAGUUUUUGUGCACGUUCAAUAUUUAUAAAUGAUAUGGAUUUUUUUGUGUGCAUACUAUACAGAUGCAGUUUGUUGGUAUAUUAAGCUUAUCUGAAGCUACUGCUGAAUAACACUUUGUAAAAAAUAAUUACGCUUGAGCUUUACAAAAACAAGUACAUUCAAAAUAUUCAUUGGUUGUAUAAAUUAUAUCGUGAAGUCACAUUCAUAUAAUGAACUCUCAGUGAAUGUUAAAAUCGUGACUUCUGUAAUCAGUUUUGUCUUUGGUAGUUUCAUCCCCUCUCAUUUUGUACAACAAAUAAUAUAAAAGAUUUUGAUAAAAGAACAUUGACUGCUUGAUAGCUACAUUGUGGCCACAGAUAGGUUUGAACAAAAUUACAGAACAGUCAGUGUGAUUUUGAAAAAUAUGCAUUUUAAUCAAAGCAGAUGAAAUGUGCCUUUAAUGUUCUUUUCUAUGUAUGUUUAUUUUGGGUGUUGAACAUUUAAGUUUUAUUCUAUAAGUGGACCAAAUUUUUUUCACAGUGUCAUGUCAAUGAUAGAUUUUGAAUUAGGAAAACCAAAUGUAUCUAAUUAGAAACCUUAUUUUCACUCUGUUCCUUCAUUUUGAAUAUCACAACAAGAAAUCCAAAAUAGCCUAGCAGAGAGAGAGAGAUGAGACUAAAUCAGAUUGAAUAUUUGAAUUUAUAAGAUUCCAGAAGAAUACUCAUUGUUUGAUUUAAUUUCAGUUGAUUAGAUAUACUUGACAAAUGACAAACAUUGAUUUUUCAGUCAUAAAAACAAUUACAAUCCAAAACUUUUUCUGAUUUCCUAUUUUUGGGUUUGGUGUUAAUGGAUCUUUAUAAAGAUAGUUUGUAUAGAGGUGAAUUUAACAAAGGGAAUGGCAAUACUAAAUAAUAUUUAAAUUUAAUACAAUUUAAUAUGUGAUUUAUGAGGAAAUGAUACUGAAAUUAUUAAGUAUCACUUUUUUUUCCAUAGUGUUGCUAAGUAUAUUUUCAAAUUAUUUAUUUUUUUGCAUUUAUUUAUGGUAUUUGUUAAUGUUUGUUCUCAAGUUUUGUCUUCAUUUGUGAAAAUUUAGAUAAGUGUGUUUAAGUAUAAUCAGUGCUACGUUUGUGCUAAUUUUCAAAUAUGCAAGUGCUUUUAUUUGGAAGAUGAAAUUAUAUAAAAAUGCUUGCCCCAGCCUGGUGAAAAAAAUUUAUUGCAGAAGAAGAAACUUUUUCAAGCCUUUGAAAAAUACCCAUCAAGAUCCCUAUGUCCUAUCAAUGGUAUUAAAAGUGUGUGAUAAAAUAAAUAAUUUUUAUCAUUAGUGGAACAUAUAUGUUCUGAAGAAAUUGAAUUGCUCAAAUUUUUAUAUCUAAGAGUCCUAUUUUGAGUGCUUAUUUCUUAAAUAUUCAAAUUUAUUAUACUUUUUAUCUUCACAGAAUACAAAACAGCCCGACCCCUGGUUUAAAUUGUGAAUAUGAAAGAUUGGGACAUGUAAACAAGUGUUGUAAAUGCUCCUUAUUUUAUGAUUUAAUAUAAAUACUGUUGAAUUUUUGGUUUGCAUGCCUCUUUAUUAAAUGUGAUUUGUUCAAGGUCAACAGGAAGGACAUCACCAUUAUCAUAUUAAACAAGGAACUUGUAAAUGUUUUGCAUUAAAUAAAUGAAACAGUGCAUAAAUGAUAAACUCCCUAUUCUGUUGAGACUCUAAAAACAAUUCCUUAUGUAAGUAUACUUUGAUGUAUGAUGGAUAUAAGAUGCGUUCAUGUUUUUGACAGAUUACCUCACUUUUAUAAAAAAAAAAAUAAGUCUGCAUUGUAAAAACAGCAAAACAAGUUAUAAAUCUUAUUUUGAAAUAUAUUUAAUCAUAAUGAUAAUGAUUUACACAUGAAACAAUUUUGUAUAAAAAAGGUCUCUCAGGGUGGUAGAUUCUUAUAUUACAACACAUUUUUGUACUCUAUCAAUUUGACCUGAAUGGGUGUGGCUUAUCGUGCUAUGUAAUUGAGGAACGUUCUUUUAAAGAAUAUGUGAAAAUUGGUUUUUGGUCAUCUCUUUGAUGUGCAACGUGUCUUUUUUAUUUUUGUUGUUGUUGAGUUGCUUAUUGAAGUAUACCCUACAUCUCCCCUUUAUUCAAACAAUUCAUGCCAGUACACCAAGAUGAUUUGCUAAAAAUAACACCUUGUGGUACAUUGAAUGUUGGUGAUUUUAAGUGAUUUGCUCUGAAAUAACAUUUCACCAAAAAUCACCUGAUUCAUAGUAACUUUUAUAAACCUAUAUAAUUUACUGGUAACCAAACUGUUAAGUAAUCACUCAAAACCAGAAAAAUUGUUUUUGAAUUAAUUCACCUUGUAAUAACCAUGCUUAACACUUCUUAAUCAUAAUUUAUCCACUGAUUACCUUUUUUUAAAAUAAAAACUCCACUUUUGCACAUCAGUUUAGGCCACACUCAAUCAAAUCCGUUUGUAUAAGUAAUGUAUGUGGUAUGUGAUAGUUAAUAUUUAUAACUAGACAGAUGACCUGUAUUUAUUAACAAUAGUAAAUGACUUUGUUGAAUGUAUUGGGUGUUAGUUAAAGGAUGGGGAAGGUCUUAUACUGCCAUGUAAUAUGUACCAUUAUAUAAUGCAAUUCCAUGUAUAAUCAUUUCAUCCCAUAUUGCAGAAAUAAAUUGCUAAUAAUUUUUA